UCCAGACUGUCCAGAAGGAGGACGAGAGAUUUCAGCUGUGAGCAAGACGGCCAAAUUUAUCAAGGCACUCAAGAAAAAAAAACGUCACAAUGUUUCUCAUGUUGGUCCUGUUAGUAUCUCAGUGCUUCUCACUCACCAGUCCACAGUGUCACCGCUGUGAACAAACAUCCUGCAACUGCUCGAGGCAAGACCUGCGGGAAGUCCCUGCAGCCGCUUCAGAACUCAUCACUGAGCUCGAUCUCUCUUUCAACACACUGGAGACGAUAAUGAAAGAUGACUUUAUUUCAUACGCAACUUUGAAGUCUCUGUCCCUGAAUAACAACAGAAUCAAAACAAUACACAGAGAAUCGUUUAACCCACUGAUUAGUCUGGAGAAACUGGACCUGUCUGCAAACCAACUGGAGACUUUGUCUUCUGGAUGGUUUCAGAACCUGAUUUCGCUUCAGUACUUAAAUCUUUUGGGAAACAAAUACGCAACACUGGGUCAAGGAAACCUCUUCCUCUCACUGAAGAGCUUGAAGACCCUCCAUUUUGGAGGACCUUUCCUUCAGUCCGUCAGCAAAAGGGAUUUUUCUGGCCUCUUUGGUCUUGAAGAACUUGUUUUUGAAGGAAAUGAUCUGCAAGGGUACGAAAAUGGAAGUCUGAGUCGAACUGGGCCCAUCAACCAUGUAACACUUAGUCUAAAUGGUGUGUUUCAGAGAAAUUUAGAAGAAGCACGAGCUAUACUGUUAGAUGUUGUUCAUCCAAAUGCAACACUGACAUUUACUGGCACACUGUUCGACAACAGUAUGCGAAUGUCCCCACUUUCUGUGGUCUACGAGCGUGGCACUAGAGGCCUUAUUUUUAAAAACGUGAGCAUGUCUCUGUCAGCUUUUGUACAACUUGCGAAUGUUUUGUCGUACUCUGAUCUGACCAUUUUUGCUGUUGAAGAUUCAGAAGUCUUUUACAGUGAAGAGGACGUUCAUCUCUAUGAUAUAAUCCUGAACAGACUGGAGAUCAUCUUCUUCAAAAACAUUGUCAUUAAUUGGUUCUACAAUUUUCCUGCAUUGAGUUUCAUGCAACGCGUGCUGACCAUAGUGCGACGGGCAUCUGUGAUAAACUGCAAGCUGUUUCUGAUCCCGUGUGAAUUCUUUGUUCGUUUCAGGAAGCUGGAGUUUUUGGACAUCAGUGAAAACAUUUUCAGUGAUCUUACAUUCAGAGCUAUGAUGUGUGAUGGAAAUGACGGGCUUUUGAAUCUGCACACGCUCAACGUCAGCAGAAAUUAUUUGCUUUCGAUCGACAGCGAGCUCUUCACUAACCUAGAAAACCUGGAAAACCUUGACAUUAGUGGAAACUCAUUUAACAGCAUGCCUCUAACUUGUAACUGGCCAGCAAGUCUCAAGUUCUUAAAUCUUUCAUCAACUUCUCUUCCCGAGGUGACAUCCUGCCUGCCACGGAGCCUGCAGAUCCUCGAUUUAUCGAAAAACAAACUGACUGUGUUCAACGUCGAACUGCCGCUUCUCAAAGAGCUGUACCUCUCUGGCAACAAGAUUGGAAAUCUCCCCAACGGGCACUCACACCCUAACCUCGCAGUUCUCUCCAUCCGGGACAACGAGUUAGGCAAAUUCAGCAGUAACAACCUGCAUGAUUACCAGAGGCUGAGAGUUCUGGAGGCCGGUGGCAACCCUUACAUCUGUUCAUGUGAUUUUGUAGAUUUCAUGACAAACAACUUGAUAAACCAUGAAGUCGUAGUUCGGGAUGACUUGAAGUCUUACACCUGUGACUCCCCCGAUGCCGUGAGGGGGGAGAGUGUAUUAGAGGUGAAGCUGUCAGUGUUUGAGUGCCACAAGGUUUUAGCAUUUUCCUUGCUCUGCUUAGGCAUCCUGGUGCUGUGUGCGCUCAUCGUAGCUCUGUGUUAUAAGUUCAGCGUUGUGUGGUACAUGAAGAUGACAUGGGCCUGGCUGAAAGCAAAAAGAAAGCCAAAGCUGAAGAAGGGCGUCCUCGAGUAUGAUGCCUUUGUGUCCUACAGUGAAAUGGACUCCGGGUGGGUGGAGGCGCAUCUGAUCCCGGCGCUCGAGCAGACGGAUCCGCCCCUGCGACUUUGCCUCCACAAGAGAGACUUUGUUCCUGGAGGAUGGAUCAUUGACAACAUCAUGGCCGCUAUAGAGAAGAGUCACAGAAUGCUCUUCAUCCUCUCCCAGAACUUCGUCAGGAGCGAGUGGUGCAAGUACGAGCUCGACUACACCCAUUUUAGGUUGUUUGAUCAAAACGAUGACACAGUUUUGCUGAUUCUACUCGAGCCCAUCGACAAAAAUAGCAUCCCCAAAAAGUUCAUCAGGCUGCGAAAAGUGAUGAACUCCAGGACGUACCUGGAGUGGCCUCAUGAUGACGAUCAGGUCCCAGCGUUCUGGCAAAGUCUGAGAACAGCGAUUAAAAGACCUGAAACUGUCAUUGAGGAGGACGUAUGCUUAUAAUUUUGCAGUUUUUCUUUUUAAUUGGCAUCUGCAUUAUUAAAAUCAUUUGAAAGUCUUUCUGUACCACUUAUAUAAAUAUGUUUAAAAAAAAAAAGAAGAAAUACACCGACUUCAUAAAAAGCUCAGCUCUUUGUACAUCGUUUGGGCUGGAACCAUAUAUUUCUCAUCUAUCCUUCAGUAUUGAGCUCAUUUUGUUUGAAAGAAAAUG